AUGAUCACUCGAACAAAGAUGCCUUCUUUCAUCACACAUCCAUCAUCGUCAUCAUUAUCAAUUUCUCUCAUUUUCAUCGCAUCAUUUAUAUUAUUUAUUAUUUCAUCUCAUGGCAUAAUGAGUACUUUAGUAAAAUCCGACGAUUCAAUAACCACGGAUCAACAGUGCAAAUAUUCGGAACCGAUUUUUCAAACUCAAUUCUACAAUCAUACCAUGAAAUGGGGAACUUAUCGACCACAAGUCAUAUUUGGAAUGAAAACAAGAAGUCCACAGCCUAUUCUCACCGGCUUAAUGUGGCACCGAGCAGAUACGGUGGAUGGUAUUUCAAAAUUAAGACAUGAUAGCAAUAUGGAUUUUAAUAAUGUGAGAUAUGGAUGGAAUAGACAUGACGGACAGUAUUUUGCCAUGCAAAGUAUUAGAGAUUUUGAAAAUUUAAUUCAAUUAGAUACUAAAUUAUUGAAACAUGUGGAAGAGAAGACAUUUAUACCAGUAGAUGUCGACAACAAAGAAAACUCCAAUACAAAAGAACAACAGGGAGAAUAUCAUUCCAAUGAAAAGGGAGGAGAUUGGACAGUAAGAAUUAUGGGAAAGGAUUUAAAACAGUUAAAAAACAAGCCAAUCAUGUCUGUUUGUUUUUACAUUUCUUUGGAAAAUGAACCAGAUGUUUCACUUCGAAUUUCUGGUGUUCAAGGAUCUAAAAAACAAGGUCUCGUCUCCAAUAAUCCAAUCAUUAUUAGAGGAAAAAAUCAAGAUAUUGGAGAGUUUUCUAUUCAUGUCACUGCGAAUGAGAGCAACCCAGUUGAUGACUACAACAACUUUUACUUUUAUGGAGUGAAGAAAAAUCCAAGCGAUGUUUGGAAAAUUCAUCAAGAUGUCAAACAAAUGCUCUCUCAGCAAAUGAUUUCAUCCAUCAAUAGUAUUCAAGAGAAAUUCCAAGAGCAACAAAUGAAAGGACAAAAUGUUGGAGCGUCACCAUGGGACACCACUCCGUUUCCUAUUGCAACCUUACCAAAUACCAUUGACGAUGACAGCAACGUUCUAGUCAUUCAGAAAAUUGUACGCUCUCCAUUCGAUUUGAAUGUGGUCUUCCUCUCUCAUGAGCAACAUCCUGACAUUUUCUCAAAUUAUCAAAUCAAGGAAUAUGCACUUCAUCAUCUUGAACAUUUCGAUGAAAAUAUCAAAAAGCUGAAAGGAUGUUUUGAAACAAAAUUCGAGGAAACUUUUCAUUUGAAAGACAAGAACUUCAACAAUGAUGAAAAGGAAAUGGCCAUGUAUGCCUUAUCCAACCUUGUUGGUGGAAUUGGAUAUUACUAUGGAAAUUCCUAUCAUCAAUAUGGAAAUGGUGAAAUUCGUACCAUUCCACCCUACUCACUCUUCACAGCAUGCCCUUGUCGAUCCUUCUUUCCACGUGGUUUCUUAUGGGAUGAAGGAUUCCACUCUCUUCUCAUUCAGAGAUGGAACAAACAAAUUUCCAAAGAUAUCAUCACGAAUUGGUUCCGUGUGAUGGAUCCAAGUACAGGUUGGAUCCCAAGAGAGCAAAUAUUGGGAGAGGAAGCAAGAACUCGUGUUCCAAGAGAAUUUCAAGUUCAACACGAUACUCAUGCAAAUCCACCUGUUUUGUUUUUGGGUGUUUUGGAGUUGUUGCAACAGCAUUUGGGUCCUAUUCGUGACGGUUCUUCUUCUUCUUCAUUGAAUGAUGAGAAGAGUCAAUCGAUGGUUGAAUUGGAUUUACAUGGCACUCAACAACCCUCCUUCCUACAUGAAAGCAAUGCUUUUAGUAAUAACAACAGCAUUUCAGAAAGAGAGAGUAUGAUUUCCUUCUUGAAACAAGUCUACCCCAACAUGAAGAAGAAUUAUGAAUGGUACCUCUCAACACAAGCUGGUUCCAUACCCAAUACAUUCCGAUGGAGAGGAAGAACACCUGGACAUACUCUCUCAUCAGGACUUGAUGACUAUCCAAGAGGAAAUACUCAACCCAGCACCGAUGAAAGACACUUAGAUUUAUAUUCUUGGAUUUAUAUGAUGACUGAUACAAUGAAUCGAAUUCAUGAAAUGGUAUUCAAGAAGAAAGAUCAAGUUCUUGUGCAACGACUUGAAACAUUGAGAGAAAAUAUCAUGAAAUAUCAUUUCAAUAAGGACAUUCAAUGGUUUAGUGAUUAUGCUGGAAAACCAAUUGGAAAUGAGACUCGACCAGAAUUCUCACCUCACAUUGGAUACAUUUCUUUAUUCCCAUUCUUGUUGGAUGUUGUGGAUUUUGAAAAGAAUCCUACUCUCUUUGAUCAUGUAUUGAACACUAUUAUUCGAGAACGUUUGUGGACACCUUUUGGUUUGUCUUCUUUGAGUCGAACAGAUCCCAUGUUUGGAACUAGGGAAAAUUAUUGGAGAGGCCCAAUUUGGAUUAACAUUAAUUAUUUAACUCUUCGAGCUUUGAAUAAGUGUAGAACUCGUUCUGAAAAAUGUCACGAAGUUUACACCUUAUUGAGGCGAAAUAUUGGUAACACCCUCCACAAUGAAUGGAAAAAAUCAAGAACCAUCUAUGAGCAGUAUAAUGCAUUGAAUGGAAAUGGACAAGGGGCUCAUCCUUUCACUGGAUGGUCUUCUCUCAUCACCUUAAUCAUGGGAGAAAUUUAUUAG